AUGAAAACUCCCCUUUUGCCUUACAAUACCCUUUUAGCAACACCCUGUAUAUCUAACCCUAUCCUUUCUCCCCAGUUCAUCAUCCUCAGCUGCGUGGUAGCCGCGGCGCUGGCGCUGCCGGCCGGGGACCCGCACCACCUGCGCGCCCUGCCCGCGCUCAACCACGAGGAGAUCCACGACGAGUAUGGACAGUACGCGCUCAGAUAUAUUACUGCUGAGAACACAGUGGUCUCCGAACGCGGCCGCCUGGUCCCGGGCAACAACGGCGGCCUGGUCCUGGUCAUCGAGGGCCAGUACCAGUUCCUGGGCGACGACGGGCAGGUCUACGUCACGUCGUACCACGGCGGGCCCGACGGCUUCCACGUGGACGGCAGCCAUCUGCCGCAGCAGGUGCCGUUGCCAGCGAUAUAGAGAGUCCUGUGAAAUAAAUGAAUGGUUUUGAAGA